CAGACUGGAAACAGGUGGGUAACAACUUGUUAGGGGCCCGCUGGCAUCUCAAACUUCCCCUUCGAGGCUUCAGUUUAGCCAGCGUCAAUUGGUGGAGGCAAUUCUCUGCCUUUUUCAGGAGAAAGGAUCUGACCCGAGGAAAAGCAGGCUCUUGAAAAAUCUGCAUCAAUGGGAUUAUUUACGCUUGUAUCACUGGAAUCCGCUCCGAGAUGCGGAUUUUUGCUGCCGAAAAGAUACUCUUGCUCCCCACCCCCUCCUUUCUUUUUGACAGUCAGUUAAUAAAGACUCAACAAUAAGCAGCUGCCAGUGAUGUCAUUUGGGACUUUGUCCACGGAGCUUGUAUUUACAAGCUCGGAGCAACCACGGAGCCGCAGCCGCCGGGGGAAGCGGAGUCUCCGCAAACUUGUUCUGAAUUCGCUGCAGGAACUUUGUGGCUGCUUUGCUGGGGCUGUUCUGGAAAACUGCGCUUGUUCUCUGAGCCCGGCCUUUUCAUGCUUCACAAAUAAACAGAGGAUAAACUCGGGAGGAAAUGUGGAGCUGGGGAGAGUGGUUGCAGUUCCUGUGUUUGUCUCCAGGACUGUGAUAUGUGUUGACUGCAGAGCUGACUACAAUGACCCAGGCAACAGAAGGGGGACUCUCAUAAACCACAAAGGAAAAUAAAUAACCUCACCCAUGGAGGGAAAGAGACAGCUUGAGAAAAGGGACUUUGGAAAAAGGCUCUCUCUAGAUAGCAGUCUCAUGGAUUACCUGGACUCCAAUAAAUACAUUGAACAUCUGCUAACUCAGCUUGAGGAGCAGCACAGAAGUCUCUGGAGGGAGAAGCUGGCUGUGGCCCGACUGCAGAGAGAAGUUGCCCAAAGACGAAGUGAGGGGGCCAUGCAUGAGAAGCUGAUACAUGAAUUGGAAGAGGAGAGACACUUACGUCUUCAGAGUGAGAAGCGGUUGCAGGAGGUGACACUGGAGUCUGAGAGGAACAGAAUUCAGAUGCGUGGCCUGCAGCAGCAGUUCUCCAGGAUGGAAGAAACAGUACGAAAUCUAUUGCAGAGUCAAGGAUCUCCAGAACAGAAAAAAGAAGAAACUGUUAAUAUAAUGGUCUAUCAGGAAAAACUGUCAGAGGAAGAGAGAAUACACAAGGAAACUUUGGAAGACUUCCGCAUGGUGGUAGACGAGGAUUCAAGGAGUGACGGCAGCAGUGCAGACGAGGGCAGAGAAAAGACAAAAGUGCUGUUAGAAAGAUUGAAAGCUCUAGAGGCAGAGAAUUCAGCGUUGGCUUUGGAAAAUGAAAAUCAAAGGGAACAGUAUGAGAGGUGUCUUGAUGAGGUAGCCAACCAAGUUGUGCAAGCUCUGCUCACUCAAAAGGAUCUAAGGGAGGAGUGUGUAAAGUUGAAAACAAGAGUUUUUGAUUUGGAACAACAGAAUCGAACACUCAGCAUCCUGUUCCAACAGCGAGUCAGACCAGCUUCUGAUCUGCUCCUCCAGAAACUUCACUCACGCAUCUUAGACCUUUCAUCCGGGGAUUUGCUCUCAGAUGUGGAAAGAAGCCGAAGUCUGACGCAUUCAGGAGCUGAUAUUGAGACGCAUGAAUGCCAGCUAAACUCAAAACCAGGAGCCCCUGCUUUGAAAUGCUCUGGCAUAGGGGUUGCCAUCCCUGGUCAUCUCUGUCCUCGAAACAGCUGCAGCAGCAGCGAACUAUCUCUUUCGAGCACCUGCAGCGAAUACUCCAGCAGCUCCUCCUACACAUGGCAUGAUGGGAAGAACGUCAAGAAAAAGUCAUCACAAAAUUGGGACAAAAGAUUGAGUAUUGACUCCUCGCUCCUGAGUGGCUUCGCUAGUCCUACAGAUGAACUACCUCCGACUCGUGUCAAGGAAAGCCACAUUCUGGAAGGAUUAAGAAAGCUCCAGAAGCGGAAAGUAUUACUUGAACCCCCAUCAGUGAUAACCAAAUGGGGUUAUAAAGAUUGCAUGAACUCAAAUGAAGGAAUCUAUUCUCCAGGAAUUAAAAGUAGCAGCCUCAAGGAAUACGCCCCCUGCAAACCCAGGGACACGGGCAUCCCCUGCAAGGAGCCCCAGCAGGCAUUUGUGUAUGACACAGAUUCUCAUGACGAUGCUGAGGAGGACCCUUCCUCCUUAGCCUCGCUCCAAGCUGCUCCAAAGCAGAGCUGCAGGCUGCAUGGUUGUAAAUUAACCCACAGUGUUUCUGACAGUCUCUUUGGCUGGGAGCUGAAUGGCAGACACUGUUCAGAAAUCCCUUCCUCAGUCCACCCCAGGGAAAGGCCUGAGAAGCUGACCAGUUGCACCUCCAACAGUCCCUUGGAGCAGAAGCUGUGGGCAAGUGCACAGGGGCCUCAGGUAUACAGAGGGAGGGGCCCCCAGAGCCAGGGCUGCCUGGCUCUCAAUCUUCAGCUCUCGGACACCGAUGACACUGAAAGCCUGGAUGAGCUGCACAUAGCGAGCAGUGAUGAGAAAAGCCCUUCAGACGUGUCUUUGAUGGUGGACACUGACAAGUCCACGGAGAACCUGGACAUCCUCAUUAGAAAAUCUCAACCUGGGUCUCCUGAGGAGGAGGAGGAAAAACAAGUGCCCGUCCAUUUAGAAAGCAGGCCAAAGACGUUUAGUUUCAUCAAGCAGCAAAGGGUUGUAAAAAGGACUUCCUCGGAAGAAUGUAUUACUGUCAUAUUCGACGCGGAAGAUGGUGAGCCCAUUGAGUUUAGCUCUCACCAGACUGACAUUGUUACUGUUACCAGAAAGGAAAUUUCCAUCAAUCAGGGCCCUUCCGGACCCCAGACAGAAUGCACUGAACUUUUACCUCAGGGAAUUGCUCAUUUCCAGCCAGGGGCUGCUGGGAGAAAUUAUUCUUUCUUGAAAAAAUCUGAAGAGGAAACUGAGAAAAACAUUCCAAAAGAUGAAGCUGAUGAUGUUGCCAUGGCACCCACUGAAUCUUUCCGCCCCAGGACAGUGACACAAAAUACUCAGCGACAAAGACUGGCUAGACCAGCACACGCUACAUCGUGCCAGAGUAAGUCUAAGUCCCCUGGGUCCACGGGCAUCUACCAGAAGAAAAGUCUGACAAAAAUACCUACCAGGGGCAAGUCUUCACCUCAGAAAUCAAAAAUAAUGGCGCCUGAAGCCUCUGCAACAGUCCCCUCAAUGGGCCCAGUGAUUCUUGAGAAAUUGCCAGCUCCAGGGAAACUCUCACAGUUCAAAAAGACUGAAGGCCCAGCACUCCUCUUUGAUUUACAGCCAGAAUCACACAUUCCAAAACACCAUACCCAAGCUCCUCAUGGCUCCAAAGUGUCCAGCAGAAGGCACUGGGUCCAGUGCUCCAAGGGUCAGGUUACAGCAUCACAGUUGCUGUCAAGGCCCCCCACGGAACUGAGGGAGGACUGCGAGCCCCCAACGAGGGAUAAACACUGUGACCCGGGACCAGAGGCUGGGGUGAAAUCGCCCUCCCCCCCAUCCCCUCCAGGCAGGUCGGUGUCCCUCCUCAUCAGACCCAGUUGUGACUAUUGGCCGCCACCUUCAUCCACCAAGCCUGAAACCAGGGUCCCCCAGGAAACAGCUAGAACAGGAUUUAAAUCCCCUCCUCUGAAAGGAUCCUCUGGUCCUGUUAUUUAUUUUCAUCAGACCAUGACAGAAGCGCAGGGGAAGAAACCUUCUGUGGCCUUCAAAAAGCCUGUCUUCACUCCCGCUCCGCCCUCUGCAGAAACAGUGGUCCAAGCCAGAUGCUCUGCUCACACCCCCUCCAGCUCAUUUGCUGCCAUGGCCCCAGGGCCCCCAAAGGUCUCUCCAAAGAGAAGUGUGCCCAAAAACCCACCUCACCCAACACUUGGGACCACACCAACAGACACAGGGUUACGAACUCCCAGGAAUUGUCCUUCCACCCACGAGCUCCUGGAAAUACCAUCCUCCAAAAGCCUAUCUCCAGGAAAAAAAGGACAAUUGAACAACAGUGUCUCCACAUCACCCAAGCCCUCCCUAUUAGGGGUAAAUGAGUCACCAUCAUCUCAGGUUAACAGUCCGGCAUCCUCAGCAUCCUCCAAAAGCCAUAACCCCCCUCAUGGUGGUCCAAACCCCCAUGAAAGAGGACUAAAAACUCGCCUCCCAGUGGGGCUCAAAGUUUUCAUGAAGUCUCCACAGCUUCUCAGGAAAAGUUCCACGGUGCCAGGGAAACAUGAAAAAGACAGUUUAAAUGAAGCCUCAAGAAGUUCCGUGGCUGUGAGCCAGGCUAAGCCAGAGGCCUCCAGGAAUCCCAGCAGCCCUGAGAUCACAGGAGCUGAAAGAAAUGUGUCUCCAUUGGCUUUACAAGCACAAGGUAGUGUGGCCGGAGGGCUUCCCUUGGACACGGCAAUGGUGGAGUUGAUGGAAAGUGGCAGGCCUGGGGCCGAUGGGAAAGAUGGGGUAGAAACCAGGUCGGUGAAGAUAUCCCUCUCCUCCAGCAAACCACACCUCAAACCAGCUCUAGGCAUGAAUGGAGCCAAAGCCCGUAGCCAGAGUUUCAGCACCCACUCAGGAGACAAGUCCCCCACACCCCCCAUGGAAGGCCCUGGCAGAGUCCGAACUCAGAUUAUUACCAAUACAGCUGAAAGAGGCAGUUCCCUCACCCGGCAGAGCUCCUCGCCGGAAGGCUCACCCCACAAGGCCACGUCUGCCCCCACAUCCAAUGAUCUCCCCAGCACUGGGAGGCCCCCAGGGCACCCCUCCUCCAGGCACGGCUCCCUGGAGAGCACAGGCAGCUCCAGCAGCCAGCAUGGGAGCCCAAGCAAGCUGCCUUUGAGGGCCCCUCCAAAAUCCGAAGGGUCCCUUGCCCCACCUGAAAUGGGAGACCCGCAGGCCUGUUCCCACGGAGAAAGCCCCAGGUUGCCUGCACCUGAGGAACCAGGUGGUGACCGUUGCAGGUGCCCACCUGCCCCACGAGACAACCCUCGAGCCCUGCAGAGUCCUGGGAGGACACAGCCUCCCGGCAGUUUUGAAACAAGCAGGACCUCCAAGCUAGAAACUUCUGGAAAGGAUCCAGACCCUUCUACAACCAGGACUGGUGUCAUGAGCCCAGAAGCCCCCCUCUCACCCACAAUCGAAGAAAAGGUCAUGUUGUGCAUUCAGGAAAAUGUGGAGAAGGGCCAAGUGCACACAAAGUCCACCUCUGUGGAAGCAAAGCUGAAGCCAGGGCCUUCUUUUGCCAGCUGGUUCGGUUUUCGGAGGAGCAGACUGCCAGCUCUCAGUAGCAGGAAGAUGGAUGUCUCCAAAACCAAAGCAGAAAAGAAAGAUGCAAAAGGUUUGGGGUUUGGAAACAAACAGCUAAAAUCAGAGAGAAAAAAAGAGAAGAAGCAGCCUGAGCUCCAGUGUGAAAUGGAAAAUGAACUUAACAGGGACAUCGAGUUGGCAGAUGGUCCUGAAAGUGGUUUACAAUGCAGAAAUAACCUGAAAACACCACCAGACAUUUAUGACCAAAUGAAAUUUGAAUCAAGAAAUAGACCCAGCCCUGUUCCAGGUUCAACAAAAGAUUCCUUUAUGACAGAACUUCUGAACAGAGUUGAUAAGAAAGCAGCUCAACAGACGGAAAGUGGAUCAAAUAAUGUUUCCUGCAGAAGCAUGUUAAAGGGCAGCUCCCAGGGCCCCUGUCUCCCCAGCAGCUCUGUCAGCACUCAGGGAAACCACAGGAAGAGCAUCAAAACCAAAGCUGAUAUGGACAUACCGAAGGGUUCCCUGAUAAAAGAGGCAAAUGAAGACCUGCCAGAGGAUGAAGACACAGUUGCUGAUUCUGCAUUUCAGAGCCAUGCCAUAGAAACAAACUGCCAGAUGAGGACACUGGACAGUGGAAUUGGAACCUUCCCACUCCCAGACUCAGGAAAUCGCUCAACGGGACGAUACAUGUGCCAGCCAGACUCCCCCGAGGAUGCUGAGUCCCUCCUGCCUCUCCAGCCAGCCCUUUUUGCAGCUUCUUCCGUAAAAGCCCAGACCCUUGAACGAGAAGUGCCUUCCUCUGCAGACAGCCAGAGCUCUGCAGAAAACACCAUUGUCCAUUCUACAUCCGACCCCAUUGUGACUGCCAGAAGGAUGCUCCCUCUUCAAAGUCGCCUCCCCAAACCAGCCUCCUCUGGAAAAAUCAAUUCUCAGAUGGAGAAUGAAGCCGAGCCAGGGCCUCAGACUUGCUCGUCGUUCGAAUAUGCUGAAAACACAACGGUCAGUGGGCCACUUCCAGCCUGGGGGGCUGACAGUGCUGCUGCAGAGACCCAGAAGUUGAAACAAGUUGAAGAAACAAGAGAAGAUCCUGAGAAUAGAUUAUGUAAAAUUUCCCUGGAGUCAUUCAACAAAUAUAAUAGCAAUACCAUGAUUUUAUUAGCAAAAGAGAAGAACUCUCUGAACAAGGUUGAAGGACAAAAGGAAGAAAAAGAAAAAAAUGAAGAGGCCUCUCUGAGUAGCUCUGAUAGGCCUGGGGUGGACAAUUUGGAAUCUUUGAGUGAUUCUUUAUAUGAUAGCUUCUCUUCCUGUGCAAGUCAGGGUUCAAAUGAUGUGUAAAGUACUUUUUUUUUUUUUUCCUCUUAGUGAGCUGGAAAUGGAGCACUUAAGAAACAGGGGGGCAGGUGGAGAUGACAAUAAAUAAACUAUUGCAGGACCAGAGCCUGUUCUGUCAGAUUCACAGCCAGCAACCCGCUGGAGCUUAACUUCCCUGACAGGGCAAUAAAAAUAGACUCUAUUUGUUGUGUUCCAUGAGGAUGAAAGUAAACACACCCACGAUACAGAAGUCUUAAUUUUGCACUUUUUUUGAAUACUUGUACAGAAGUUGUAAAUUUUUUUGGAAAAAAAUUAUAUUUGUAGCAAAAAAAAAAAAAGAGAGAGAGAGAGACAGCAAUAAAUUGAAUCAGUGCCAUGCUCUUGAAAUGAUGAACUAAGUCUUAGAAGUUGAUAAUAUAUUUUUUAAAAAUUCCAACUCCAGUUUUUGUUUAGGUGAUUGUCUUAGUCCUCAAAUUGUUAGUGGGCACAGUCUGUAAACAGAAAACAGGGCCUGCAGAAAAACCUGAGGGCACUCUGUAAUCUCCAUCUCAGAAUCUCAAUUUGAUAGAAACUUUAAUUCUAGUGCAGUUUCAGAAUCAUUGCCAGAGAGAUUCAGGUUCUAGUAACAAGUGUAAUUCUGCUUCUACUGAAAACGGUAAAGGUACUGAAGUGUGACACUGAUCAGAAGCGAUGUGUAUCAGAAAUGAUGUAAUUCUUAUUUUCCCUCCAAACAUUUCCUUACAUCCUCUUCUACUUGGUGUUUCUCUAUCACUCUCAACAUUAUUUGUUGAUUAUUAUCUUCCUGCUCUUUUUAUUAAAAUCUGGGCAAUCUAGAAAUGAAAGCAAAUUCCUAUUUGCAAUGUUCACUUUGUAAAAAAUGGGUGGUGCUACAAAAAUGCUUAACUUUUUAAUAUCCUUUUUUCUACAAAGUCUGUUUAUAUGUAAGGAUAAAUUCUAUUUUAAAGGUUACCGUGUAUUUUUUCUAGAUGUGAACUAUUUAUAAUUGCUUUUGUACAGGAGCUUGUAAACUAGGCAUAACAGAUUUUUUAGGAUCUAUAUGGUUACUUUAGUACACACUUGUUUCUUUAAAGAGUAUCAGAUGAUCAGUGUUAUUUGGUUAAUUUGUGCAAUUUGUCAUAUUUGAAUUUUGUUGUCUUAAAUGAAAAUUAAUGUGUCAAUGUCUUUCAGACUUUUUAAGAUUC